AUGUCCCCCUUCACAGCCAUCCUCGAGUGCCUCCGCGGCGAUACCUACGCAGCCACUCUUACUCCGAGUCACAAUCUCCCCAGCAAAGUCCAGCAUCCCGCCUACCACUCCGAGAAAAUUCUCCUUCCUCCAAACGAACAGCCUAUCCACCGCACCGCCGAAUCCACCGCCUCCGACAUCCUCACUGCUCUCUUCUCCGCCACCAAAGCCGGCCGCGACCUCGAAGCCACCGUGAACGACAUCGCCCUCCAAUUCGGUGGAUGGAGCGAACACAUCGCGCAGUACGUCCUCGACGGCCUCAAGAAAGCGUUGCAGUCAGCGUCUGCAUUGAAGGGGCCGGCGAAGGAAGCAUAUGAGCGGGCGUGCGAGGCGGCAAUGAAGAUUGAGGGAUUGGCGAAGGAGCAUCCGUAUUAUGCUGCUACGAUCUUGACGGUCAUCGCGCUGGGUGUGCUGAUUAUCCUCGCGCCGGCUGUUAUCCAUGCGCUGGGAUUUGGUGUUCUGGGGCCGGUGGAAGGGUCUUUCGCGGCUGCUUGGCAGUCUACGUAUGGUGGUAUGGUGGAGGCAGGGUCGUUGUUCUCCUACCUUCAGAAGCUCGGGAUGCUUUAUUAG